CACCUGUGUUAGACAGAGAACUAAAAUUGAAGAUGGGAAGCUUCCACCACAGAUUUGGCAUCACAUCACGCCACAAAUUUGGGAAGAGUUUAAGCAACGAAAGACUACUCCAGAAGCUGUGUCAUUGAGUAAAGAUUGCAAAUGGCUGCAUUCGAUGAUAACAUCUCGUCGUAGUAAUGAUCCUAUUCUUUUGACUUUAAAUGCACGCUUGUUCCACUACGAAUCAGAUGAUUGCGGUGCUUUACUUACUAACGACGACAUCGCUCAGUUUCUAUCCGGUGCAAUGUUGAAUAUUUCCAUUAUUCAAGACUCCAUGAAAGCAAUGCAGGAUUACAUAGAGGGUUUGGACACAAAUUCGUGACAUCAGCCUGGAUGGAUGUGCGGCCCUGAUGCAAUAUCCACGACAUCAUGCGAAUAUAGCCUUGAAGGUGUCAGAACUUACCUGGAAAGAGAUAUGACCGAGUUGCUGCAUGAUGGAAAAAUUUUCAUUCUUGCUCCUUAUUAUGAAAAGUAUGUAGAUCUUUAUACUUUAUAAUCUUUCUCUAUGAAUUGUCAUAAUUUACUUGAUAAUGUGCAUUAUAAUAUACUUUUGUAUAGUUAUCAUUGGGUGCUACUUGUGAUUUGGAUUCCUCGCGGUACUAUCUUUAUUUUCGAUUCACUUCGGAGCACUACAUACAAUGCGCCGUUUGUUAAUCACAUCAUUGUUUAGCAGUGUGCAAAACAAACAGGCAGUUUGGAGUGUGGAUUCUACGUGAUGAAAUUCAUAUACGACGCCGUUAAAUAUAUCACGAGUGGUCAAGAUAUGGAACAAGUUUAUGAGAGCAUCAAAGUAGAUGGGCCUUUGUCAAGUGAUGAUAUAGCUGAAGUCUGUGAUGUCGUUGCCAUAUACGUUUGCAAUAAUUUGAUGUAAACUAUACUCUAGUGAUAAAUUUGCCAUAAAACCGUGUUUUGUAUUGUUGUCAUUGUGUAUCGAUUUUGUGGUGUAU